GACUGGCUGACAAAAUUUGGGUAUCUGCCUCCUCCAGACCCUGUCACGGGGCAGCUGCAGACACAGGAGGAGCUCACCAAGGCCAUCACUGCCAUGCAGAGGUUCGGGGGGCUCGAGGCCACAGGGAUCCUAGAUGAAGCCACACUGGAGCUGAUGAAGACCCCUCGCUGCUCUCUGCCAGACCUCACCAUCACAGAGACCAGGAGGAAGCGAUUCGCACAAGCUCUCACCAAGUGGAGCAAAAGGAACUUGUCCUGGAGAGUUCGCACCUUCCCAAAAGAGUCCCACCUGGGCCACGACACAGUCCGAGCCCUGAUGUACUAUGCCCUGAAGGUCUGGAGUGACAUUACCCCUCUGAAUUUCCAUGAAGUGGCAGGAAACAACGCUGACAUCCAGAUAGACUUCUCCAAGGCAGAUCACAAUGAUGGCUAUCCCUUUGAUGGGCCUGGUGGGACGGUGGCACAUGCUUUCUUCCCUGGAGACCACCACACAGCAGGGGACACUCAUUUUGAUGAUGAUGAGUAUUGGACCUUCCGAUCAUCAGAUGCUCAUGGGAUGGAUCUAUUCGCUGUAGCUGUCCAUGAAUUUGGCCAUGCCAUUGGCUUGACCCACAUCUCUGCCAUAGAGUCUAUCAUGAGACCCUACUACCAAGGUCCUGUGGGGGAUCCUCUGAAGUAUGACCUGCCUUACGAGGACAAAGUCCGAAUCUGGCAGCUCUAUGGAGUCAGGGAAUCUGUGUCCCCCACAGCCAAGCCUGAAGUAGGCAAAGCAGAUGACCAUCCUAUCCUGCCAGAGCUGCCAGAGAACCGCUCCACUGUCCCGCUCAGGCGGGACAUGCCUAACAGGUGCAACACACACUUCGACGCGGUGGCCCAGAUCCGGGGAGAGGCUUUCUUCUUCAAAGGCAAGUACUUCUGGAGACUGACCCGCAAUAAGCACUUGGUCUCCCUCCAGCCGGCUCAGAUCCACCGUUUCUGGCGGGGCUUGCCGCUCAACCUGGACAGCCUGGAUGCAGUCUAUGAGAGAAUCAGUGACCACAAGAUUGUCUUCUUCAAAGGAGAUAGAUACUGGGUCUUCAAAGACAAUAAUGUGGAGGAAGGAUACCCACGGCCCAUUUCAGACUUCGGUCUGCCACUGGGAGGAAUCGACGCCGCUUUCUCCUGGGCCCACAAUGACAAGACUUAUUUCUUUAAGGACAAUCUCUACUGGCGCUAUGAUGACCAUGAGCGGAGGAUGGAUCCUGGGUACCCUUCAGAGACCAUCCUGUGGAAGGGCAUUCCAAGCCCUUUAGAUGAUGCCAUGAGGUGGUCAGAUGGUGCAAGUUACUUCUUCAGGGGAAAGGAGUACUGGAAGGUACUGGACAGUGACCUGGAGGCCCAGCCUGGUUACCCCCAGUCCAUUGCCAGAGACUGGCUGGUAUGCAGUGACAUGCAGGCUGACUCCCCAGAGGCAGCUGGGAGCAGCAGGACUGGGGCACGUUCCAAACCAGGGCAGCAUGACGAGAGCCGCUCCGAAAACGGCUACGAGGUCUGUUCCUGCACCUCAGGAGCCUCUUCCCUAUCCCUGCAGGCUCCCCCCGUGCUCAGACUGACAGCCAGCCUCGUGCUGAUGGCUGUGUGGACAGCAGCACUGCUGUGUGCAGCCCUAUGA